AGGACCGCGACUUGUUGCUCAAGUCGUGUCAGCCCUCUGGCCUCAACAUACCAUUUGCAGCGGUUGCAAUGGCCGAGUCGGAUGAUGUCGAAGAUAUCACCGAGGGCACAUACGUGUACUGGAUGUCCCAAAACGACGACAUCCCCCGAGGGGCUCUAGGGGUGGUCUAUGCAAAGGACGGGCCCAUGGUGAAGGCAAAGUUCACGGGCGGCAAGAUCAAAGUACAUCCAGCCAAGCUCAACGUCUGCGACUUCCAGAAGGGCACCUUCGUCCACUCCACGCGGGACGAGGUGCCCGCGGAUGUCAUUGGGCAGGUUAAGGACUGGGAGGAUGGUCAGCUGAGCGUGGAGAUCCAGGGGGAAACCGUCAGCGAGAAGCCUAAGAACCUGAUCCGCUGCGACUUCCAGCCGGGGAUGUUUGUGUACUGGGCCAAGUCGGACAAGGACGUUUCUUCGGACCACAUGGGGGAGGUGAUCGAAGAACUCAACGAGAAGGGCCGGGUGAAGGUGAAGUUCCCGGCGGGGUGCUGGCGCUUCCGUCCUGGGGAGCUCAUCCGGGCGCACGUGCAGAAGGGCUCCUACGUGCAGUGGCGCAAGGAUGACGAGGACAUCGCCAAAGGCGAGCUGGGCGUGGUGACGGGGGACCUCAACGACAAAGGCCGCCUCAAGGUCACCUUCGCCAAAGGCACCUGGCGCUUCAGACCCGCGGAGCUCUUCCACACGGAGCUGCAGAAAGGCGCCUUCGUGGCGUGGUGCAAGCGCGACGAGGACGUGGCCAAGGGCGACCUCGGCCGGGUGAUCGGCGUGAAAGUGUCCAAGGGCCGGCUGCAGGUCGCGUUCCCCAAGGGCUGCUGGAACUUCAAGGCGAAUGAGUUAAGGCCCCACGGCCUGCAGCCGGGCACCUGGGUGCUCUGGAAGAAGCAGGACGAGGACAUCCCGGAGAACGACAUCGGGGAGGUGGUCCGAACCUCCGGCGACGAGAACCGGCUCUACGUGCAGUGGCCACAGGGGUGCUGGAACAUGCAGCCCCGGGAGCUUGAGCAGCUCCCGUUUCAGCGCGGGGACCGGGCGCACUGGACCAAGACUGAUGAUGACAUUGCGGAGGGCCACAUCGGCCAGGUCAUGAGCGUCAAGUACAAGGAGGUGGACGGGGUCACGGAAGGCAACAAGAUCUAUGUGAAGUUCCCCAACGGCAGGUGGGCCUUUAACCCUCGGCAGCUGAUCGGCAUCAACCUGGACACGGAGGGCGUGAAUGAGCUGAAGUCCACCUUCAAGCGCUUCGACCAGAACGGGGACGGCAAGCUGUCGGAAGAGGAGCUGCUCGCAGUCUUGGGCGAGGUGGGCGUUCCAGAGGAGGAGGGCAAGCAGCUCUUCGAGGCUUUGGACAAGGACGGGGACGGCAAGCUGUCCCCGGCGGAGUUCAUCGACUACAUCUUCGGGGCGGACGCCUCGGGGUCUCAGAAGAAGCUCUUGGGAGAUGGCUUCGGCCUGGAUGCCGUCUUGGGCUUCGGGGACGAGGAAGAGGAGGACUCGGACGACGACGACCCGGCGAACCCCUCCGCCGGCGGACAGGUCGUAGAGGAGCGGCCGCCGUGGAACGUCACUUGCCACCCGGAGGACGCCGAGGGCAUCGACGAGAGCACCACGGUGUCGCGGGCUGAGUGGGCCACCGCGCUGCUGGCGCUGGGGGUCUGCCGCGCGGCGGCCCUGGAGAGCUUCGACGCCAGCGCCAAGGACGUGAAGGGGGCCGAGGCCACCGAGGAGACCGAGCUGAGCUUGAGCGUCUUGUCGGAGGAGCUGCAUGGCAUGGGCGGCGCCCCCGGGGUGGAGGAGCUGCGGGCGGCCGUGGGCACGGUGAAGCACGGGAAGGCAACGCCCCUGGACCUGGGAGUCCCAGCGGAGGAGGUGGACUUUGAGAAGGACCUCGCCAAGAAGGCGGGGCUAGACGGGCUGCUCUUCUUCCUCCACGUGGAAAACCUUCCGCUCAACGAGGCGGCGGAGCACUUGGGCCGCGCCAAGCUCUCGGAGUUGGAGCACAAGGUGCUGGCGGCUCUAAGCUCUGAGGAGCUGACGCAGAGCCUGGAGGGCGUCAGAGCGGCGCCGCCCACGCUGAGCUGUUUGUCCUCCUGGCAGCGCGCGCGGGAGAACUGCCGCCGGGAGGUGCAGGCCAUCGUGGACCGCUGCAGAGGCAAUGAGGAGAAGUUUACAGACGAGUCCUGGAACCCUUUCGCGAACGAGGCGUUUGUGAUGUACGUGGACAAGGAGAAGCCCGGCUGGGACUGCACGGCGAGAAAGGCGGAGUGCUGGAAGAGAGCCAAGGAGAUCCGGAGCAAGGCAAUUCUCUUUUCGGACGGUGCGGCGACAGAUGACAUUCAGCAGGGCCGCUGUGGGGACUGCUACGUGCUGGGGGCCUUGGGUGGGGCGGUCAGCAACAGGCGCCGUUUCCUUCGUCAGGCCUUCGUAGCUUACGACGAGGAGGUUGGUGUUUACGGCGUCUUGUUUUGCAGGGACUGCCACUUCACCUAUGAGAUUGUGGACGACGUCUUGGCGGUGAAUAAAUACGGCUCCUUUCACUACGCACGCAGCAACACCAGCCGAGAUGAGAUUUGGGUUUCAAUUCUUGAAAAGGCCUUCUUCAAGCACUACACUUGCGUUGAGAUGUGCGAUGGCGGGAGGGGCCCGGAGGCGCUUUACUCCUUUCUCGGGGGCAUUCAUGGCCGAUAUGAGAUUAUGGGUGGAGACUUUAAGGAGCCCUCCAAGUUCUUCGAGAAGAUCCAGGGCAGCCAUCAGAGUGGCGAGCUUUUGAGCACCUCCUUUCAGAAGCCCAGCAAGGGCAAGUACGCGGUGGGCGGGGGGGAGGCAGGGCAGUGCGGCGAGAAGGGGCUGCCCUACGGGCUCCACGCGGCGCACUGCUACUCGGUGCUGCGCACCGCCGAAGUGGACGGCCAUCAUCUGCUCUGCAUUCGGAACCCUUGGGCCCGCGGCGAGUGGAAGGGCCCCUGGUCGGACCAGUCAGAGGAGUGGACGGAUGAGCGGCGCGCGCUGGUGGGCGCCAAGAAGAAGGAGGACGGUACCUUCUGGAUGGCCGUAGAGGAUUUUGUGCAGGUGGCGUCCUCCAUCAAGUUCAGCCGCACCUUUGGCCCGGCUUGGCAGUGCGCCGCCCAGUACGGGCGCUUCGACCAGACGCGGCCGAUUGUUCGUGCGAAGAGGGAGUACCAGAACGCUGACGACCAAGAGAUCUCGCUGUCUAAGGGCGACAAGGUGGAGAUCUUGCAAAAUCAUGGCUAUUGGACGGAGGUCAAGAAUCUGCGUACGGGCAAGGUGGGCUACGUGCGCUCGAAAGAUUUGGAGACGCCCACGGCGAAAGUGGACAAGUAUGUGCUGGAAGCGACCGAUAUGGCAGAGAACGUGCCUCUCAUCCUCUCCCUGCAGCGGGAGAACCAAAAGCUGGCUCGGGAGUGGAACCACCCAAAGGGGUGGAGCGUGACCUACAAAGAAACCAAGUACAGCUCGGCGUAUGUCAUUAUUUAUGACAAGGACGGCAAGCAGACGGCCAAGCUCCGAUUCCGCGACCGCCACGUCUUCCAGUACCUGGAGCCCGCGAAGGGGCCCUUUGAGGUCUAUGUGAAUUCCCCAGACGGUCGCGGGAAGCGCUUCGCACUGUACAGCUUUGCGCCUCACGGCGUGCUCAGCUUGGAGAAGAAGGAGUGCUCAUACUCGGAGUUCCUGGACAAGAUCGGAUGACACACGCUCGGUCAAGAAACUUUUGUACCGGACAUGUAAUUGUGAGCCGGGCAUCUGAAAGGAUGCGCUGGCCGAGGUUGCUGCAUUGCGACGUGUCACCAAACUUGCGCUCGUGCUGACCCAGCAUGCAAUCCUUUUGCUUGGGUUCAAAGAGCCGCCAGCAUGCUGGGGAAAAGCCUUGGCCCACAGACGCAUGUUAGUCAUAGAGCUGGCUUGACGCUCGGGAGUGAUUUGUGGCGGGCGCAGCUCAUCACCAAUUCCC